GGUCACGCACAUGUUGCAUGUUGUGUCUCCACUGAAUGAAGUUGGAAGUCGAGGCCGGCUUUCGCGUUUGUCGACGAUAAACCUUUCCGCCCUUAUCGCAUUGUCUCUUGUCAUCUCGGGGGUGAUGGCUCAACAUUGAGACACGAUGGCUAGAAAUUGAAACACAGUGUAUCGUGUGUUUUAAUCCGGGUUUUACUUACCUAGCUCUCGACGCGAACAGGAUAGAGACAACGCUCGAAUGACCUGAAUUUCGAUUGCCCGACGACACGCGCACCCAUCGACGAGCACCCCCGGCCACAAUGGCUGAAAACCGCACAUCGUAUAUGGCCGCAGAGAGCCUCUCGCAGGCACGCGGCCUGUCAUCAUCCAUAUCCUCCCUAUCCGCAUCAAAUACUUCGGGACGCAACGCUGCGGCCUCGCACAUCUCCAAGACCUACAGGCAAGCGUCGACGCUCUUUCUCACGCGUCGCCUACCCGAGGCACUGUCGACUGUUCUCCCCUUAGUUUCACCGCCCCAUUCCGAUGACCCAGAUAAAGAAUCGGCCGAACCAGCUCCGGUUAUUCGGGCGUCUCGAUCCUCACGGGUCAAGGUCUGGAGCCUGUACCUGACCGUUCUCAAUGCGAUUGCCGAGCUCGACCCGGAAGACGGGAAGGAUGCAUUUGGCGGGCAGGAUUGGCGAACUCUCUGUUACAAGGUUCGGUCGGGAGAUAUCUGGGAGGAGGUAAUCCGCAACGGAUACCAUGGUGUCGAGGGGGACGUCGACGCAGAAGUGGUUAUCAACCUAGCAACACUCCUCCUCGCCCACUCCAAAACCCAAAACCUCAACCAGAAACGGCUCGAGAACUACCUCGCAGCAGCGCGCGCCCCGACCCUCGACAUCUCGGCCGACCGCUUCUCCGAGUCACCAGCACGGCGGCACCAGUCACCCUCACCCUCCCCGGCCUCGGGCCGUGCGCGGCGCCCGGCGCCCAGCGGGGCGGACACGCCGCGGGACCUCAACGCGCGGGUCAAGAUCCUGGAGCUGUACACGCUGCACGUGCUGCCGCGCAACGACGAGUGGGCGUACGCGCACGAGUUCAUCAGCGUGAGCCCCGUGCUGGACGAGGAGCGGCGCGAGGCCUUCCUGCAGGCGCUCGACACCCUGCGCGAGGAGCAGGCCGAGGCCGGCCGCCGCGAGGAGGAGGAGCGCGCCGCCCGCGAGGAGGCCAUCCGCCGCGACGUCGAGGAGGCUAGGCGCCUGCGCGCCGAGAACGAGGCCCGCGAGAAGAAGCGGCUGGAGGAGGAGCGUCUGAAGAGGGAGGCUGAGGCGGCGGCGCGUGACAAGGAGAGGGAGGGGGAGCGCGAGCGCGAGCGCGAGCGGAAGGCGAAUGCGAAGGCCAAGGCUAAGGCGACGGAGGACGAUUUUGGGGUCGAGAGCACCGCGUCUACACCGGUGCCUACCCCUACGUCACCGGCGCUUAAGAAGGGUGGGUGGUCUGGGAGCCAGGCCUCGGGUUCGGGGGGUUCGGCGAGGGCAAGGGGGCCGUUGCCGAGGAGGGGGCCAAGUGGCGGUGGUGGUCGCGGCAGUAGUACGCUGUUGCCGCCCCGACGCUCAUGUCGAGGGCGUCGAUGGUGGUGGCGAACCUCCGGACGUUGGUCGACGAGAUCGCGGGGGCUUUCCAGACCAACCCUUAUGUGCUGUUGCGGAUGCUGGCUUUCGUGGUUGGUUUGCUCAUGCUGCUGAGCCGGAAGAAGAUUCGUGAGAGGAUUGCGCAGAUUUUGCAGACGAGUUGGAAUAAAGUCAAGGCGACGGCCGGGAUGGGCACCAAGGUCAGCUAUAUCUAGCUACGGCGCGCCGGUUUGAAGU